AUGAAGAAAGAAGGACUGGCAUUAUCGUUAGCGAUAUGUGUCUUGGGUCUAUAUAGCACAUUCCUCACAUGGUCCGUCUUACAAGAACGAAUUAACACAACACCAUACGGUGAUAACGAAUACUUUCGAGCACCACUAAUUAUAAACAUUGUGCAAGCUUUUCUUGCAUCGAUAGUAGGAUUGUUCUACACUGCGGUGACAUCCAAGUCGUCUCCAUUUGAUGUGUUUACUCAGAAUGGGAAGCAAGGAUGGCAGGUUUUCAAGUCGUUAGUGCUAAUAUCCAUUUGUUCAAGCGUAGCUUCACCAAUAGGAUACAAAUCAUUGGCUCAUUUGGAUUACUUAGCUUACUUGUUGGCAAAAUCGUGUAAAUUGAUUCCGGUGAUGCUUGUACAUUUCAUAUUAUACAAGACCAGGUUCCCAAUGUUUAAAUAUAUUGUUGCACUGUUGGUAACAUUGGGGGUGACUAUUUUCACUUUGGCUCAUUCAAAAGAGAGCAGAAAAGUUAAUGAUGGAAAUACUGCAUUAGGACUAGCUUACUUGAUUGGAAGCAUGUUGCUAGACGGAUUGACAAAUUCUACGCAAGAUCAAUUGUUCAAGAUUCUGCUAAAGAGGAAGUUUACUGGUGCCAACUUGAUGUGUGUUUUGAACUUGUUUAUAUUUGUGUUAACCACGGCAUACCUUGUCCUAUUUCAAAAAUCAGAGAUUAGCGAAGCUUAUCAAUUCAUUCAACGAUACCCUCAAUUGUUGUAUGAUAUUGUUAUAUUUGCCGGCUGUGGUGCUAUUGGACAAGUGUUUAUAUUCAUCAUCUUGGAACAUUUUGACUCAAUUGUGUUAAUAACUGCAACAGUCACGAGAAAGAUGUUAAGUAUGAUGUUAAGUGUGGUUUUAUUUGGUCAUCAUUUGAAUAUCAAACAAUGGAUUGGCGUCGUAUUGGUGUUUGGUGGAAUCGGGUUUGAAGCUUUUACCAAGUUUCAACAAAAGAAAAAGCCAAAAAGUGAUUAG